GAAGCCAAAUCCGUUGCCCAAUCUCUCUCUAUCUCUCUCUCUCUCGCCUCACCUCAUCUCAACUCUAACUUCCGCUCUCUGUUAAGUGCCUCUUCUCUUUCCCCUUCCUCUUCGCUCUUUUCUCUGUCUUCUUGCUUCUCUCUUUAUCUCUGAAGGCUUCAAGCUUUGCCGGAGAAAGCCUUUUCGUCUCCUUAAGAUUAGGGGUUUCCCUCUUUGGAAUUAGGGUUUCUCUCUGUUUUAUCUCAUAGAUCAGAUCAGAUCAGAUCAGAUCAGCUUAAUCGAUCUUGAUGUCUUUCCUUCGACAAGAUCUCACAGGUCGGAUAUGUCCAGAACGAGAACGAGAGCCAGCGACGGCGGAUUCAGAACCCAACAUGGAGAUUGACCAUUUCGAUAGGUUACCAGACUCUCUCUUACUUAUAGUCUUCAACAAGAUCGGAGAUGUCAAAGCCUUGGGCCGUUGCUGCGUCGUCUCUCGUAGGUUCCAUGGCUUGGUUCCUCAGGUCGACAACGUUGUGGUUCGAGUCGAUUGCGUCAUCUCCGACGAUGACGCUACUUCCGCUGCUGCUUCCGCAGAUAAGAACCGUGGGGUCUUCUCUAAUUUUGUUCGGUUCGUUUUUGGUGGAAUCGUUAAGCCUCUGCAAGCUAUUGGGCAUUUUCUUGGACCCAAGAAAAAUUUGUCAACUUCUACUUCAUCUUCGUCAUCAUCUCCGUUAGGUGGUGGUGGUGGAGGUGCUGGAGGAGCCGAGGAGGACGAUAUCGAUGCUGGUGGAGUCACCCACCACUCGCCCACGCAGGUUCUGAAGAACUUCAAUGAGAUCAGGCGUCUCCGAAUUGAACUCCCAAGCGGAGAACUAGGGAUCGAUUCGGGUGUUUUGCUCAAUUGGAGGGCAGAUUUUGGAUCCACCCUUGAUAACUGUGUGAUUCUUGGUGCCUCAUCUGUUCUCUCCCCUGAUACCGCCAAAUUGGAGACUGGGGCCGUUGCCGGUUCCGGUGCCGGUGGCGGCGAUGCUUUGUGUGUCGGCGGCAAUGGAGACGACAAUGGGAACAUACCUGAAUCGUUUUAUACUAACGGUGGGCUUAAAUUGAGAGUCGUUUGGACUAUUAGUUCUCUGAUCGCAGCUUCUGCCAGGCAUUACUUGCUUCAGCCGAUAAUUGCAGAGCAUCACACCCUUGAUAGCUUGAUUCUUACAGAUGCUGAUGGGCAAGGUGUGCUGUGUAUGAACAGAGAGCAAUUGGAGGAGCUGAGGGUGAAACCCUUGUCUGCUUCUACCGCUUCAAGACGAACUCUGGUGCCUGCACUCAAUAUGAGGCUUUGGUAUGCUCCCCACUUGGAGCUACCCAAUGGGGUUGUGCUGAAAGGGGCGACACUGGUUGCAAUUAGGCCGACUGAGCAGUCGGCGACAGCGAAGAAGGAGAUCUCUGAUUGCUCUUGGGUUUCUGCAGCUUUCGAAGAGCCGUAUGGGACGGCCGCCAAACUGCUGGUGAAGAGACGAACCUACUGUCUUGAGAUGAACUCCUUCUGAGGUUAAUGGAAGGUGAGGGUAAGGAGAUACUUGAAGGGGGGGGGGGGGAAGCAGAGUAUUUUGGGAGGCCGAAAUAACUUAUAUACAGAGAGAUGAGAUCAAUGGAAACGUUGGGUGCAGCCAUGAUUCCUUCCAUGAGGGCUUACAGAUCUUUGGCUUCUCUUCCUCUUGCAGCCCAAGUGAGAGAAUCCCUGGUUGAUGCUAUGUGCUGUAAAGGUGGUGUUGCCUUUGUGUGCUUGGACCGAAAGUAAUACAUCUUUGCUUUUUUCGUUUUUGUUGCCGGCACAUGCUUGUAAGUUGUAAGAGUUCACACAAAUCCUAUCUGAUGACGAUCUCAAUCCUUCUAAGCUUGAUGCUGUCAGAGCUUUAAAAGAUUGUAGUCAUCCAACUUCAAAUGAAAAUUCCUUGUAAAUGUGAAUAUUGUAGGUAAACAGAUAUGCUUUUUUGCUUA